CACGAACUCGACGCUGCCGCUACCGGCGAGCAUGAAGGCCAAGGUCAAGGCAGUUACCAAGACCGGCGUCUCUCAACGCUUAAUACCGACCAAGUUGCUACGAUGCCCAGCGUUGUCGCGUCUACCUAAAUCACCUCUUCCUCGUGGUGUAACCUUAAGUACUCGCGUCGAACAGCAGGCUCACCGCUGAAGCUCAUCGCGUCGGGCGCGAGCGGGCCUUACAUCGACCCACGUCACCCAGCGGUUCAGUCGAUGAAGGCGAGGCGCGAUGCAAAGCAGUCUUCAGGGAACCGUGGACCAAGAGGGACCGAAAAACCAUUCAACCUGGUACGGUACAACCCCCCGAGUCAAUCUUUCAACAUGGUCGCCGCACCGAGUGCUUUUCUCUUCGAGCCUGAGCGGAAGUGGUAUCCCUAUGCUGAACUGGCGUACGAAAAGUGGGAAGACAAGGUCAAGAGGAUUGCGGCGGAGCGAGCGUCUGCUGGUGCUGUUUCUACGUCUUCUGAUGCACCAAGUUUUUCUCGGACCACUCAGACGCGCCUCAAAUCCCAAGACGAAGAACUUGACGACGACUCGGACAUGGCAAUAGUCCAGCGCAUUAUUUCUCGGCGACAAGAGGUUCUCUCCAAAGCAGUUCCAAUAUCCCUCAAUUUCGCUACCAACAAAGCCAAGAUGGGAGGGAAAGCGGUCUAUGCAUCCCAUGUACGGAGAAGAGUUCGGAGUGCAGUGUCUUUGAUUGUCACACAUGGUGCAAAGGCCAAGGAGGAAGAGGGGAGCGCCAAUGGUGCACCAAGUAGGAAGAAGCUUGUGUACGACCUCGAGGAGGUUGAACAACGUCGGACGCAGCCAGGCAAUGGAUGGAUAUUGAAAGGAUGGACAUACCUGGUGUUCCCUACGCUACAGCUCUAUCGGAUGCCCAUCCCAGAUCUCGUCUCGGAACUUCGCGAGGCCCUGCAGCAGAUUUACAAGAUUGGAUCAGCAUGGGAGGCGCAGUGGAUUGAGAAAGCGCUUCCUCCUGAUUCUGUAGAACGACAAUCAAAGACGACCAUUCGACAGCUUCAUGACAAUCGGGGCGGCAGUGACAAAAAGGAACUUGGAAGUAAAGACCAGCUACGCCCGAGACAUGAAAACCGUUCAACUAGACCGCCUGAUGGUGAUGCAAUGGCAGCUCGACGACCUGGUAAGGGAGAGGGCGACGAAGAGGGACCGACUAAAACGGACCCAUUGCACACGGAGACGGAGACGAAUGGAAAGCAUGACAAACCGCCACGGGUUCGCAAGAGUAGGUUCAAGUUGUGGUCACACGAACCUAUUGUGUAG